AUGAAUGAAGCGAAAAAGGCAAGAACUAUUGCUAAGUCAUCAUUUACCCGUAGUGCUAAAUCCAUCCAACGGCUAAUCGAACAAGGAUGGCCCGAACCGGAAGUUGUCAAAGCAGGUGGCAUAUUUGAAACAGCCUAUGAGAGAGUACUAUCUAAGCAUGACGGGUUUGCAAUACUUGUAGAAGAAAAGGAUUAUGAACAGGAAGAAUGGAUGGAAGAUGUGUCAAAAGAAUAUGAUGCUAUUUGUAUAAUGAUAAAUGAUUAUAAAAUAACCAUGGCUCCGGCUCCGAAGAACAAUAUUACAACCGAUAAAGUGGAAAAUCCAGCGAGCUCUCAGGAUGUCGAUGUGGACCCAAACAACACAAAUAUACCAUCUGGAUCAGGCAUUGAUGAGACUGCAGAAUCUGUACCACCAGGGGAGACGGAACCCACUGUUACAUUGGAAUUAUCACCUGACAACCAAGCUGCCGCAACUAAUUUUCCCACUUAUGCUGCACCCUCACCCAGUCCAACUUCCAUGAAAUUGAGAACAGAGAGAGCACCGCUUCCUAAAUUUGAUGGAAAUGUUCGAAAUUAUCUGGAUUUUCGUAGAGAUUUCAAAUUUUUGGUGGAAAAGCAAUACACAACUCAGGAAGCCCUUUAUGUUCUUCGUAGCUGCCUGGACAAAAACAGUGCCGACCUGAUAAAAUGCAAGGAGGACUACGAUGCUGCAUGGGAAAAAUUAGAUCGAGAGUAUGGCGACCCGAGAAUUGUUUCUGAUGUCCUGCUGUCUGACUUGGAGAAAGUAAAGCCAGUGGAUGAAUUUGACUAUGCACACUUUGGUCAGUAUCAUGCUUUAAUUGAGAAGAUAUUCAGCAUGCUGACGAAACUGAAUCGACCAGGAGAUUUGGAUAAUACAACAACACUGAGUGCCAUGGAGAAAAAAUUAUCAAGGAAUGACCGUCUAAAGUGGGCAGAUUACCAAGAAGAAAAGGGGGUAACUCCAAAAAUUGAAAACUUUCUAAAAUGCAUGGAGAAGGAAGUACGAAAGAGAAAGAUUGCUGGAGCCGACAUUUGUUCCCAGAGAACAAUUUCUCGAAGCGCUGACAACAAAGGCUCAGUAAAUACCAUCACAUUGAAAGGUGAGAAGGGUACCAGCACGGGUACCAGCACGGACAAGCUCGAUUCAAGGACUGAGAAUCCAGGUGAAGUAUUAGGUGAGGGCAACCAAUCACCACCACAGCCACCACCACCACAACCAACGUUUCAGCAUUGUUGGUUAUGCAAACAGCCCCACCAGUUGGACACAUGGUGA